UCAUGAACACUCAAUAGACCCGGAAGUGGGGCGGUACUGCUGUUUUGCUGUCGAGUCACCUCUGUUAGGAUGGAGGAAAACGAGCUGCUAUCAUGCUGAAAAACGAAGGAUCCAGACAACCAAGCAUCAUCAACCAGGAUAUUUGGGCAUAAGUCACCGUUUAUCUUGACUGCUGUAUUGUUUUUUUGUAACGCUUUGCCAAAAUGAUGGAAGAAAUAGACCGGUUCCAAGUACCUCCAGUCAACGGAGAGACACAGCCUUUGGAUCCAGCGGCAUCCUCCACCUCAGAGACAGACCCUGAAACCAAGGGAGAGACCAUGGCCAUGAACUACAAGCCCUCACCACUGCAAGUCCAAAUAGAGAAACAGAGGGACCUUGCCAGGAAGGGAUCAGUGAAGAAUGGCACUGUGGGCAGUCCUGUCAAUCAACAACCCAAGAAGAAUUCCAGGACAAGGUUGGUGGUACCAAACAAAGGCUACUCCUCUUUAGACCAGAACCCAGAUGAGAAGCCCCUGGUAGCACUGGACACUGACAGUGAUGAUGACUUCGACAUGUCCAGAUACUCUUCAUCAGGAUACUCCUCAGCCGAGGUGAGAUGUCUGAGGGACCAGCAGAUCAACCAGGACCUGAACAUCCAGCUCCUGAAGGAUGGGUACCGGCUCGAUGAGAUCCCGGAUGACGAGGACCUGGAUCUGAUCCCCCCCAAAGCAGUCAACCCCACCUGCAUGUGCUGCCAGGCUGCUCCCUCCACAGCCUGUCAAAUUCAGUAGCAACCACCCCCCCCCACCCCACCACCACCCCGCCAAAAAAAAAAAAAAAGCAACAACAAAACAACUACUGACCAGUGGCAGAAAGGAGGAAAAACUAUUGACUGGCAAUGGCACAAAGAGAAAUUAAGAAAUGGAGAUAGGUCAAGUCUUGAGAAAAGAGUCAAUAUGUACAGUAUCUGUGCACGUUCCUCCUAUGGCAGGAUCUGUGCAUCCUACUUGAUUGAUGGCAGAAACAUUACCUCUAAGGAAAACAUGUUACUUUUGCAUCUUCUUCGUUUAAAUUCCAUUUCAUGCUUGGGAAUAUUUUGGUUUACAAGGACCAUAAGGGAUUGUGCGACAUUGUGGAAGAAAGCAAACAAAAUCAGUUGACUGAAACAUAUACAUCAAUUGGUGACAAGGUUAUCCAUUGAAUCUACUUCUUCUACUCGCGUGUCAUUGACGCUCAGCAUUGAUAGACAAGAAGAGAUUGGGAGUUUUGUAGACGCCAUUUUUUUGUUCUUUCUUUAUCAUUUCUUUCAGCCAGUCUGCUUUGUCCUUCGAUGUAUAUACAGUAUGUGUCAAACAUGAAAA